ACAAGAUCCACCUCGAAUCUGUCUCCCAAGUCCCAAAUUCCCCACCUUGUUCUCCCCUUUUCCUCUGCUCUGAAAAUUUCAGAGCUCUGUUUCCAAAAUUGGAGCAGACCCAUUAAGAACAUUGCUCGGAACUGAACUGGGUUUGCUUUUGAUUUGGGAAAAAAUGAGGGAAGACGAUUCAAAUUGGUUCUCAAAAUGGGAGGAGGAGCUUCCAUCUCCUGAUGAAUUGAUGCCCCUUUCCCAAACCCUAAUCACCCCUGAUCUUGCACUCGCAUUCGACAUCGGAACCCCCAUUCACAAUCGCCCGCCGCCGCCGGCCCCACCGCCUCCGCCGCCGCCUCCGCCGACGUCGUGCGAUUUCGGGGACUCCGGCGAGCUGGGAUCCGGCGGCGGCGGGGAGGAGCCGGCGCGUACUCUGAAGCGGCCGCGGCUGGUGUGGACGCCGCAGCUGCACAAGCGAUUUGUGGACGCCGUGGCCCAUUUGGGGAUCAAAAACGCCGUCCCCAAAACCAUAAUGCAGCUCAUGAGCGUCGAUGGGCUGACCCGGGAGAACGUCGCCAGCCAUCUGCAGAAAUACCGCCUCUAUUUGAAGCGGAUGCAGGGGAUUUCCGGCGGAGCAACCGCCGCCGCCGCCUCCGCGGCUGCUAAUUCAGAUCCCGCCACCGACCAUUUGUUCGCCAGCUCCCCUGUUCCGCCGCAUUUUCUCCACCCUGCCCGCCCCAAUUCCGACCACUUCUUGCCGUUCGUCCCCGUCGGAGCUCUGCAGCACCACCACCAAAUCGCCGCCGCCGCGCAGUUCCAUAGGCAAGUGGGCCAUUUCGGGUCGCCGCCGAAUGGGCAGUUCGAGCACCCGUUUCUGGCUCGGCCGGUGCACCGGAUCGGGGCUCCGGUGCAUAACCCGGCGACGGAUUACGGCGAGGAUUUGGAUUCGGGUAGUGGGACGGGAUCAGGGAGGAAGGUUCUUACUCUUUUCCCCACCGGAAAUGAUUGAAUGACUAAAUUUUCCGAUUGCAGAGCCGGCGGCGGCCGGCUGAAGGGGAAAUCAGUUCAGAGGUAAUUAAAAUUGUACAUUAAUUUAUUGUAGAACUCUCUUUGAUCCCAUUGAAAUCAUUAGAGUAGAGAGAGCCAUGUAUUUGGGUUCAUAUGAACAUUGACAUUUUUAGGUUUGUUCAUCAUCGUCUCUGAAUUCUCUGGUUUUUUUUUCUUUUUCUUACUUUGUCAAGAAAAUAACAUGUGAA